CACAUAUGUAUAUAUACAUAUACAUAUCCACACAAGUAGAAGCGAACAGACGAAAUAAAAGAGAUUUGACAUCCGUGCGGUACAAGAGCGGUUAUAUUAACUGCCCGCCGUAAUUGGCUCCUGUGAGGCUCGGCGCUUAAUUAGUUGGGAUCUAACGUGAACGAUGAAGUGGUACGUGUUGGUGUUGGUAUUCGCCGGUCUGACUAGGGGCGAUAAUGCCAUCGAUACGAACAACAUCUUCAAUUGUCCAGAACUCAAUGCUCAAGACGAGAUAGAUCUCGACAAGAUAAUGGGCAAAUGGUACGUCGUGGAAAUACUGGAGCACAGGAUGGACCCCACGAAGCCAGUGAGCAGUUCGUACGUCGUUGAAUCGUGUCCAAUCGUGAAGUUGAGGCCGUUAGAUCACGCUUCGUUGAGAUUGUUGUGGAGCGAAGACUCUGGAAAUUUGGAGUACACCUUCCGGAUACAAGACAUCGUUAAAAGAAAGGGCUUUUGGCAAACCAUGACGUCACAAAACGGUACCCUGGCGGAGAGGAAAAAGUACAUGCAGUUCACCGGCAACGUGCACGUAAUGAAGGCCGUCGCCUCGGACAUGGUGUUGACUUUCUGCUCCCGGCAUCCCAACAAUCAGCUGUACUCCCUGCUAUUGUCGCGCGAGCACACCCUGCAGAACAGCGACAAACGAGGCGUUCACAAUCUCCUGGGACGGCGCGGCCUGAAGAACGUCAGCAUCCGCGAGACUUGCGUGAACGGGGGCGCCGGGUCCAGGAGGGGCACCCUCGAUCUCGUUACUUGGGCGGCCCUCGUCGGCCUCCUCUCGUCGAGCGUCCUCUUCAGAUCUUGCCAGUAGUGAAAUUAGACGGACGGAUCGAUCGAUCUCGAGACGCCCAGAUCGCCAGACGCGCCCGAGUGUUUCUCUGUUUCUCUCGGACUAAUUAACGCGAUUAUGCUAACACUUUGGAUGCCGCCUCGCGAAUAAUCUUAGAACAUUAUGCCGGAUUUACGCCGGAAAUCCGUCGACUACACUCGAUGUAUACGCGCUACAUUAAUGGCGUCUCCGGCGUGAGACGCCUGUGCGUUAAAUUAAACAAUAAUUUCCGCAUCAAAAAGUAACUCAAGAGUCAUUUCACAAGAGAAUUUUUAAUUACGAAAUAUAAUCUCUCUUUUGAAAUUUAUCUUAUAAUUUAUUACUAUGUUAUGUUACUAUGAAAUAAAGUGUUUUAAUUAACAAAUAUAAUAAUACACGGAUAUUCAAUUGAAAUAAAUCGAGCAGUUUUUACAAAGUAAAACACAAUCGUUAAACGCAUUAAUAUUAAUAAGACGCAUUCAGGAAAAUAAUAUUUGAAAUU